AUGUUCCCUUUGCUCUCUGGAGCUGGACUGGUGGUUCUGAACCUAGUGACCUCUGCUAGGAGCCUGAAGACAGAACCCUUUAUUGGUUCUGGGGACCAGCCCCUCUUCCAUGGAGCAGAUCGAUCUGACUUUGCCGUCAUGAUCCCUCCAGGAGGCACAGAGUGCUUCUGGCAAUUUGCCUACCAGACUGGAUACUUCUAUUUCAGUUAUGAGGUGCAGCGGACACUGGGAAUGUCACAUGACCGGCAUGUUGCUGCCACAGCACAUACCCCACAGGGUUUCCUCAUAGACUCCUCUCAGGAUGUUCGGGGCCAGAUUAACUUCUCUAUCAAAGAGACAGGUUUUUAUCAGCUUUGUCUAAAAAAUCAGCAAAAUCACUUUGGUUCUGUGCAAGUUUACCUCAAUUUUGGAGUUUUCUAUGAGGGGCCUGAGAUGGACCACAAACAGAAGAAUGAAAGAAAACAACUGAAUGAUACUCUGGAUGCAAUUGAGGAGAGUACACAGAAGAUGCAGAACAAUAUCUUUCACAUGUGGCGGUAUUACAACUUUGCCCGCAUGAGGAAAACGGCUGACUUUUUCCUUCUCCAAUCAAACUAUAACUACGUGAACUGGUGGUCAACAGCCCAGAGCUUUGUUAUUGUUCUUUCUGGAAUCCUGCAGCUGUAUUUCUUGAAGCGUCUCUUUAAUGUCCCAAAGGUUACAGACACAAAAAAGCCAAGAUGCUAA